AUGGGAUCUCCUUCUCAGUCUGUUGACGAAGCAUCGACUCCUCGGCAGUGUCAUCAACUGAUCGCAAUUCUUACUUCUCAGCUGCAAGCAACAUCUAGAGAAUUUGUCAGCUUCGUUAUUGCCUCAAUGCAAGAAAAAACUGUUGUUUCAGUUUCUUUUGCUGAUAAUAUUUGGUUAUCUUCCAAAUUUAUUCUGCGAGAUUUGAUGUAUGUUCCUGAGUUCAGGUUUAAUCUGUUGUCAGUUGGAUGUUUGAUGAAUAAUGCUGAUUUGAAUGUGUUGUUUUGUAAAUCAAAAUGUUUGAUUCAGGACUUAUGUCAAGUGAUUGGGAAGGUUGAGCUGCUUCAAGGCCUAUAUCUACUGCAGAUACCAUUUGUUGAAAAUUUAGUUGACAACAAUUAUGUUUCUUAUAAAGAUUUUAGUAACACUAGUUUGGUUUCUUGGCAUGAAAUCCUUGGUCAUCCUAGUAGUAGUGUUUUACAUUUGUUAAAGGAUGUUCUACCUUUCAACUUUCAAAAUAAUAAGAUUCCUUACUCAGUUUGCCCUUUGGCUAAGCAAAGACGAUUUCCAUUUCAAUUUUCCUGCGUUGAAACUCCUCAGCAGAACUCAGUUGUGAAGAGAAAGCACCAACAUUUGUUGACUGUUGCUAAGACAUUGUUUUUUCAGUCUAAAGUUCAUCGAGAUAAAUUUUCUGAGCGAGCUUUACCAGUUGUCUUUCUUGGUUACUCGCCUGGAGUAAAGGGGUAUAAAGUUCUUAUUGUACGGUCAAUGAAGAUUGUCAUUUCUCACAAUGUGGUUUUUCAUGAGAAUGUGUUUCCUUUCUACACUAUCAAUGAUGUUGUCAUUGAUCCUUUUGACAUUGUUUUGUCUAAUGUUUCAGAUGAUUCCACAAAUGAGGCUUAUGAAUCUUAUGCUCAUGCUGAUUUGAUAUGUGCAUCUCAAAAUUCUUCCCAUGAACAAACCGAGGGUGUUAAUGUUGAACAUGUUCCUGGGGAAAUUGAUGAAGUCAUUCCUGAAGUGCCGCAACAUCUUUCAUUUUCAAAAUUGUCACCUGAAAAUGGCACAUUCGUGGCAAACAUUUCUUGCCAUUCUGAGCCUUUAUGUUAUCAUCAAGUUGUUCGUUCACCUGUUUGGCAUGCUGCUAUGGAAGAGGAACUUCAAGCCAUGGAAGAUUUGAAGACAUGGACGGUGGUGACUUUACUUGAAGGGAAAAAGGCUAUUGAUUGCAAAUGGGCAUCCAGAAAAUGGUUCACUACUUUUUCCAAGGUUGACCUUCAGCUUGGUUUCACUCAGUCUCCUGUUGAGCAUUCUCUAUUUAUAAAAGGGUCAAGUGAUCGUUUUAUGUCUCGUUUGGUCUAUGUGGAUGACAUCGUGUUAGCUGGAAAGAAUAUGAUUCUUUUGGAUGAGUAUGCUUUAGAGUUAUUAACAGAUACAGGUUGUCUUGGAAAGAAACCUGUGGAAUGUCCUAUGGUGUCUAUUGUGAAGUUAAAUGCCACUGAUGGGCAACUUGUGCUUAAUCCUCAGCUCUAUAGAAGAUUGGUGGGCCUUUUGUUGUAUCUUACGCAUAUUAGACCAGAUAUUGCUCAUAUGGUUCAUGUGAUAAGUCAGUUUGUUUCUUCCCCUCGUGUUCCUCAUAUGCAGGCAUUGCAACAUCUGUUGGCUUACAUUAAGCAGUCCUUGGUCUUGGUCUUUUCUUUUCAUAAAAAUCUAACAUGCAGCUACGUGGUUUUAUGGAUUCCGACUAUGGUUCUUGUCCAGACACUAGAAGGUCCACUUCUGGUUGUUGCACAUUCUUUGGUGACAGCCUUAUUUCAUGAAAAGCAAAGAAAACAAGUUACUGUCAGCAGGUCAUCUUGUGAGGCCGAGUAUCGUGCUAUGGUAUAUUCGACAUGUGAGUUAAUUUGGCUGGCUCCUUUGCUUUCAUCAUUCAACAUUCCGGUCCAGACUGCAUCAUUGUAUUGUGAUAAUCAGGCUGCCAUGCACUUGGCUACCAACCAGCUCUUUCUUGAGCGUACCAAGCACAUUGAAGUAGACUGUCAUUUUGUUCGACAGAAGGUUACCUCCGAUUUUUUGAAGCUUCUUCAUGUCCGUUCCUCUCAUCAGCUAGCCGACAUCUUCACCCAGACUUUACGAUCUCCAGCUUAUAAAUCGUUUAUUACCAAGAUGGGUCUUAUUGACAUCCACGUAGCUCCAACUUGA